AAUAAACAUUUUUAAUCUAUUUAAUUUUAAGUUUUGAAUAUUUUUAAUCUUUUUAUUUUUUCCUCGAAAGAACCUCAAGCGCGCACACCGUCAAUCGCGCUCAUACCGAACUGUCAACUUUUCUUGGGGGGGUCACGAAAAGAACACGCAACAUUUCUUGACCGCGUUCCUUCCGAUCAGCAUACCGUACUAUAACACUGAACCUGUGCAGCCGACGCUAUUGCAACGGACGCACCAUUACACUGAAUCUGUGCAACGCUCAUGAAACAAACGCACCAUGGUUGAGCUGUCAGUUUUUUUCCACUCGCGCGUGUUUGAUCGUGUCCGUGUCGGUGUUGGCGGUGUUGGCUGUAUCCUCGUGAUUUGGCAACUUUUGGCGUUAGUCAAGGUGUCUAACGAGCAGCCGAAGGCAAUUGGACAGAUUCGCUGAGGGCGGAAUCGGGUCCGCUCCGCAAGGCGAAAAGUUUUAAGCAUCUUUGUGUGAGUAUUGGGAGGAUUGUGAAAUUUGGCGGAAGGGCGGAAUCCUUCCCCGCAGCAGCAGCACACGUUUAACUUGGCCUUCAGGGGCAGCUGACGUUGAAAAACCUGCAAUGUUUUUCUAUUUCCAGAGUGAAGCUGUUUGUUUGCGGAAAAAUCUAACUUGAAGGAGGAAUACGACUGGAACUCGUCUAGUUCGCGCGAGGACGGCCAACAUGGAAAGCUGGCGCCGAUCUCGGCCGGAUGACGAACCAAGUACGACCGACUGGCGCAGUGGUUCCGGAACUGGCGGUGGGGCAACGAACUGUCGACGAGUCUGUCCGGGUCUAGCUUGCGGGACAAGUGGUCCAGGUCAACGAGUUGGCGCGAAGAGGAGAGUGUCAUAGGCGAUGGGCAUGGAGGGCGGCCACUGCAUUCGUCGUCAGCGGGCGGUGGCUACAAUCCUCGGAUGUCGGCUCUGAGUGGCGGAGAUCUCAACACGAGUGAAGGACCGGAAGGUGGCCUACGGCGUCACUGGGACGCCGAUGAUCAACUGCCGGAGUGGGCCACGGAGAACCCGUCGGAUUACGGAGGUAGCUUCGACGCGAGUGGACCAUUCCAUGACUCGGACAACGGCAUUGACGGGCGGCUGGAGGACGAUGGCGGGAUGGAGAAUCACGUGGAUCAUCGCUAUCACCAUCAACGCAAGGAAGGUGUGUUCGGUGGCAGUUCACGAAGAAGCGCCCCAUCGUCCAAGGAAGGUAGUGCCGCGAAGGAAGACUUGCCCAACCAUGCUGCGUUGUCGGCGAAAGCCUCGGAAGAGGUGGACCCCGGCAGCAGAAAGAAGUCUGAACCGGUACGGAACGCUACGGCGGAUGAAAAGCCUCCAAAAUCCAGCGAAUCGGAAUCCCGGCGUCCGAGAUGGCGUUCCCGGCGUCCCGCAACUGCUGCAACUAUUCCCGGUCGCCGACAGGAUCCCGUGGUUUCUUCAAAAACAUCUUGAGCUGAAAAGUGGGACGAGUUGGCAAGGUUGCGAACCCGUUCCCGGUGUUGAAUGACCAGAUCCAAUGAGUGACCGAUCCGGAAGAGCGACGAGGAGUGCUUUUGUAAAAACGUGAGUAUUGGGAGGGUGGUUAUUUUUUUGCUUGGAAACUUUUACAUCGCAGCAACACUCAAUUUUCAUUGUGGAUCAUUGCGAUAUAAAUCUGAUUAGAUUUUUACUCGAUGUUGUUUUUAGGCGUAUUUCCACCGUGGA